UUGCUGCAGUUGAGUUUAGUUCAGGGUCUGCAGCAAGCAGCUGCACAGCUUCAAACACACACACACAGACACACACACACGCACACAACUGUUGUGUUUGACGGUACCGAAGCGUGAAGAAGUGAAAAGCAGGUCUGUAAAUAUGUAACCGCACAUGUCCGGUAACAGUCGUGUUUCCACCGGGAGAAGAAAGAUGGACUCUGCGGGGAAAAACACCCAGAAGAAGUUGUGGCUCCGCGGUCUGCUCUGGUGGUCGCUCCUGCUCGAGCUGGCGUCGGGAGCUUCCUUCUAUGGCGACGGCUUUGUACAGCUCAAGGCAACAGAGUCGUCCGACCAUAACACACUCCGCAUUCGCUUUCGAACCUCCAGCACCAAUGGCCUGCUGUUUCUCGCCGCCGGCCAGACCGACUAUUUCUUACUAGAGCUCCAUGCUGGUCGCCUGCAGCUAAAACUAGACCUUGGAUCGGGGGAGGUAGUGUUACAGUCAGAAGGAGGCACCCAGCUUAACGACCUGGCAUGGCACUCAGUGGAGGUCCGUCAUGUGCAGCAUAACGUCACUCUGACCGUAGACAAGAACUCUCACACUGAUGUGAAGAUGCCAGGCUCCAGUCACAAUCUCCACAUUUUGGACGGGCUCUAUGUUGGAGGCUCAGGAGGCCUAGACAGACUUUACCUCCCUAGAGACCUGAUCGGCUUCCGAGGCUGCAUGGACGAGGUGCUCUUUAACGAACACAACUUGUUGUCAUCACUGAGGCCAUAUAUGGGAUUCAAGAAUGUCCAUGAGGUGUCUUUAGGCUGCAGUCCUCAGUUCUUUGCCACAGAGGAGGACCCUAUCAGCUUCUUCAGCUCGAGGGCUUACAUUUCUCUUCCAACCUGGAAUGCCCAACAGGAAGCAAUAUUUGAGUGUGUUGUGCACACUUCAGCCAAAGAGGGAAUUAUCCUUUACAGUUCAGCCAGAGAGGGAGACUUUUUGGCUGUGGAGAUUCAAGAAGGUUUGCCAGUGGCCAUUGUUGGGAAAGGUGGAACCAAAACCGAGCUUCGUUCACUCACAUUCAUCAAUGACAGGAAAUGGCAUACUAUUAAGUUGCAAUUCAGUUCUAGAAGUCUUGAGCUAAGUGUUGAUGGAGAGAUGGUGAAAAGUAGCAUUAGCUCUCGUUCAAAGGGGCUUCAGCUCAAAGGAUAUCUUUUCGUUGGAGGUAUCGAUGACAGCACCAGAUCAGAGGUCAGAAAGGUGGGGCUUGUCUCUGUGUCAGGAAAACGUGUCAGAGGAGGUUCUUUUAAAGGAUGUAUGAAGAAGAUUGAAGUCAGUGGAGUGAAAACUGGUCUCUCAAAUGCUGUCGUCACCAAGGAUAUCUCAGUUGGUUGUGAACCAGAGAAAGAACCAGAACCAUCGACCACUUUGAGUCCAACAAGUGCUCCAGCAUCCUUAUUUCAUUUGGUGACACCAACUCCGUUACUUUACAUGUCCACCCUCGCAAGGGGCUUGGACAGAAAGUAUGGAACAAAUUUUGUACAGCUCAGAAACCUUGUAGUCCAGGAAGGUGGUCGAGCAUCUCUUGAGGCCAAACACAUUAAGGUUCUCUUGGACUUCAAGAAGCUUGGCAUUCGGCAGUCUCAGAUUGUGUUUCGAAUUCAGGAGCAACCAAUUCGUGGUCAGAUAAGGCUUGAUGUCGAUCAGGACCAAGAGGAGAACACCUUCAGUAUGUUGGACCUUUGGCAUGGACGAGUGAUGUAUAUCCAUGGAGGCUCAGAGGAACCGGAUGACUUCUUCAUGUUUUCAGUUUAUUCCAGCAGUAGAAAACAAGUUCCUGAUUAUCUGAAGGGCAACAAAUUGUACCGCUACAAUAUUACUGUGACACCCACCAACGAUGCACCUGAAUUGAGUCUCCCUGAAGGCAACCUCUUUGUCCUGUUGGAGAACUCAAAGAAACGCCUCACCACUGAUGUUCUGAAGGCCACAGACAUUGACAGCAACUACACCGACCUUGUCUUCUCCGUGCUUGGGAACCUGAACGCUGACGCAGGAUAUUUGGAAAUUGAAAAGAACCCUGGCAAGGCAGUGACCUCAUUCUCAUAUACAGACUUGGAGGAAUUGAGAGUGUACUACGUUCACACAGGGGUUCGAAAUUCACGGAUAGUUCUUAGAGUUAGCGAUGGGGAAAAGGUAAGCAACACUGUGGUUCUAAGGGUCAUGGCUGUAGCACUGGAGUAUAAGAUUGCCAACAACACAGGCCUUGAGAUUAUUCAAGGAGAGACAGCUAUACUUGGUUCAAAGCAGCUGGCUGUGCAAACCAAUGCUGUAAAACAAGUUGUAGACAUUCGAUAUGAUAUCAUCGAACCCCCUCAGUAUGGAGAACUCCAGAGACUUCACUCAAGCGGUGAAUGGAGGCAUACUGACUCGUUUUCCCAAAGGCUUCUUGAAAAAGAGCGCCUGAGGUAUGUAAGCACUUUUCAAGAAAUUCAAACAUCCAACGCCACUGAUUAUUUUAAGAGCAAGGUUACUGUGGCUGCAAGGACAACCACUGAAAUACUCUUUCCAAUCACUGUGAAGUGGGUGAAGUACCACCUGGUGAAGAAUGUGAUGAUGGACAUGGAUAAAGUUAGAAAAGUGACACUGGAUUCAGAGUAUCUUUAUGCAACGGCUGAAGGUGUGGCUCUUUCAGAGGAUGACCUCUAUUUUCGGGUUCUCACCACACCAAAGAAAGGGAAACUCCUGUUUGACAGUACAGUCCUGACAAAGAACUCCACCUUUAGCCAAAGAGACAUAACAGACAAAAAAGUACAUUACGAGCUAGUCGACAGGCCUUAUGAAGAUACAAGUGAUCGGUUCAAAUUCCAGCUGGUUUCCAAACAUGCUCAAUCACAAUACUAUGACUUCCGGUUUUCCAUUAAAGCUGAUGUCAACAGCGUGUUUAUGAGAAAUGAUGGACUCUCUCUUCAGGAGGGAGAAAGUAAACUUAUCACAAAGGAUGAGCUCUUUGCAGAGACUUUGAGUACAAAGGAUAUGUACUAUACUGUCAUAAGCAGCCCCAAGAAUGGCAAGCUAGCCCGUAUUAGCCAGUCAAAUUCCAAUGCAAGCUAUGACAAUAUCUUAAUAUUUAGUAAUCAGGAUAUUUUAGAGGAACGAAUUAUGUACAUCCAUGAUGACACUGAAACAACUCAAGAUGAGUUCACUUUCAUAGCCUCCACCAGCCAAGGAUUCAAAUCCUCCAUCGCCGACGAUGAAAUUGGCUCUAAAGAAGGAGUGUUCAACAUCUCUAUUCAGCUAAUAAAUGACCAAAAGCCAGUACGUGUUAUUGAUAAAGUUUUCAAUGUAGUACGGGAUGGACAGAGGCUGCUCACCAUACAGGAUUUGCGUUAUCAUGACAAAGACUCUGAUUUUGAUGAUGGCCAGUUGAUUUACACUCGACGUGGAAUCCCGAUGGGAGAUCUAGUGUUGGUUAAUGACACCACACAUCGGCUGUUCCAGUUUCGACAGAAGGAUUUGGAAGAAAAGAGAGUGCUGUUUAUUCACAAAGGUGUUAGCACUGGCAGGUUUGUGCUCUUUGUCUCAGAUGGAAAACAUUUUGUGUCAAGCCUUUUAGACAUCAGUGCACACGACCCUUUCUUGAAGGUUGGCAACAACACCGGCCUCCUGGUUCAGAAGGGCCAGUCCGUAACAUUUUCCACCAGUAAUUUUAGCAUCAUAUCAAAUUUGGACAUCAGAGAUGACCAGGAGGUCAUCUUCAAGGUGGACGAGGCUCCCAAGUAUGGAGGACUCUAUCGCAGUGAAACAAAGGUGGAGUCAUUCUCACAGUCUGACUUGAAGGAUGGACUGAUCUCCUAUCGGCACAAUGACAGCAAACAUCUUGCAGACUAUUUCAACUUAACAGUUAAAGCUAAAGUUCUUCAACUGGCGGUGAGGAUCAAUGUGAAGGUUUACCUGGAAAGUCAUCAGAGGCCACCCAUCGUGCUGCAUCACAACAUGUUACUGGUGGAAGAGGGAAAACCAGUGAAGAUCAGUGGAACUAAACUAGAGGUCACUCACGAGGACAACCUGCCAUCUGAGAUUGCAUUCACAGUCAAGGUAGCCCCGUCUCAUGGCUUUCUCCGGCGUUUUGUCGAAGCGGAGGAGCGCUACAUCGGAACCAAACAGUCCCCUGUCAAGACGUUUACCCAAGAGGACAUUAACAGUGGGAACAUCCAGUACAUGCAGGCGGAGCCCAACAAAGUGAACGACACCUUCGUCCUUGAUGCCACCAACGGCGUGACUGACGUCACAGACAUUAGGAUGUCUGUUGACAUCAUCCCACGCCUCAUCCCUCUCCAGGUCUCCAAUUUCACACUGAAUGAGGGCGCCUCCAAGGCACUGACCCAGGACGUGCUCAAAGUCACAAACCGACACUUCUCUGGAAUCAACUUCCUGUAUAGUUUGACUGAGCCCCCGCAGCACGGUCACAUUGAGCACUCUCGACACCCCGGUGUGGCCAUAACGUCUUUCACCAGGAGACAGGUGGAACAUGAAUUCAUUUACUACGUCCAUGACAGCAGCGAAACCUUUGCUGACAACUUCACUGUGGUGGCCAAUGACACGGGCCUGAGGAAGCAGAGCGCAGCCCAGACGGUGUACAUCCAGGUUUCAGCUGUCAACGAUGAGCCUCCUGUUAUUACAGCCAACAGGGUCCUCAGGGUUUGGGUGUCCUCAGUGACGGAGAUCAGGCCGGAGGAUCUGAGAGCGCAGGACCUGGACACACCAGCAGAGGAGCUGCAUUUCAUGGUGACCCCACCCAGCAACGGACACCUGGCCCUGAAGAGCGCCCCCAUGAAGGCAGUGCUCAACUUCACCCAGGAGCACAUCGACCAGGGACAGCUGCUGUUUGUUCACAAAGGUGCCAUGUCUGGAGGAUUCAACUUCCAAGUCAACGACGGUGUGAACUUCACUCCCAGGCAGAUCUUCAGCAUCACUGCCAGAGCCCUAGUCCUCAGUUUAGAGAAAAACCAUCCACUCAAGGUGUUUCCAGGCUCCUCUAUGCCAAUCACAAAUGAGGUUUUACAAGCAGUGACCAAUGACAUCGGCAACGCCUCGAACCGCACCAUCACAUUCAGUGUGAUUCGACAUCCUAAACUGGGGCGUCUGGUGAUGAGGCGGCCUGAUAAUUCAACUGUGGACAUCUCAACUUUCACACAAGACAUGGUGGACAGAAAAGAGGUUGUUUUCAUACAAACCCCCAUCGAGUCUGUGGGCUGGGAAGCCAUGGACUCCAUGACCUUCUCUGUGGCAUCACCGCCUACUUCUCUGGACAGCCAGACCUUCAGAAUCGAUAUUUCUUAUGAGAAUACUGGACUUGAACACAACACAGUCCUGCUUGCAAACACAGGUGCUGAGGUAACAGAAGGAGGGAGUGUUAUCAUCGAUGAAUCCAAGCUGGAUGCCACUAACCUGAUGUCCAAGCUGCCGACGCCUCAGCGGAGCUCCCAUGAGGUCUGGUUCCAGGUGACAUCUCUGCCUCAGCAUGGUGUCAUAGUGGUAGGUGAGAGAAACCUCACCAAGGAGAAACCCAACUUCUCCCAGUUCAUCGUUAACAAAUACGGUAUCACCUACAAGCACGACAACUCCGAGACGACUCGUGAUUCUUUUGUAUUCAGUGCGUGGAUAAAUUCUAAGGGUAAAACAGCACAGCGCCCUCAAGACGAUAUUGACAUUAUUGAGGAGCAUUUUAACAUCACAGUCAUACCUGUGAAUGAUCAGCCACCUUUGCUAAAAACCAAAGCUCCAAGUCUGAGGGUGGUACAAGGAGAUACAGUAGCCCUCAGGCCUGAGAAUCUCCAAGUGGAAGACUUAGAUAAUCCUCCUGAUGAUGUUAGGUUUUCUGUGAUAAGCAAGCCAAACAAUGGUUACCUAGCUCUUGAAGGACAUUUGAAUGAGUCAAUAGCGGCCUUCACCCAAGCCCAGAUCGAUAACGGUCACGUCUAUUUCGUCCAUGAUGGAAGCUCUGUCUCUGGGGUGUUCUACUUUAGUGUCACAGAUGGCCACCAUAAACCAAUAUAUAAACUCUUUAACCUUGAAGUGACAGAAAUCACCAUUUCUCUGGUCAACUACACUGGAUUGUCACUGGAGCAAGGCACGACUUCAGCAGCACUGACCCAAGACAACCUUUCUGCUGAGACCAACGGGAAAAACUUCACCAUUCACUACCAGAUCACAAGGCCUCCAAAGUUUGGCAAAAUUCUAAAAGGCGACCAAGAAGUUACACAGUUCGAACAGGAUGAUUUACAAGCUGGAAGGUUGUCUUACCACAUGAUCACGCUUUCCUCUGCAGAAGACAGCUUUGAGUUCACUGCCUUCACUUCAGAGGCAAAUGUGACCGGUCAAGUGUUAAACAUAACUGUCAGACCUCUGAUCCAGGUUGGGAAAGGUUUGAGGAUUCCCAAUGGGAUCGCUGUCCAACUCAACACUACGUUUCUUAAUGCGUCUGCACUGGCUAAUAUUAGUAAUAGUGACCCUGUAUUUGAAAUUAUCGUCCAUCCCAGGAAUGGGAAGGUCGUUCGGACAAAACCUAAAAUGUCAAAGAAAGUUGCACCUGCAGAGUCCUUCACCUUUCAAGAGGUGAUGCAGGGAAAGGUAGCCUUAGAGAUGAAUGCCAACAUGACUGGAGUUCAAGAGUUAAAUGACUCACUGGUGUUUGUGCUGAAAGCUGAUAACAUCCAACCUGCUAAAGGGGAGUUCCACUUUACAGUUGUGCCAUUUGAUCCAGCACUUUUACCAACCACAAAAAGUCCCGUCCCAACCACAUCUUCUGUUCAUCGGACAUCAAUCCACACUUCUAGAAAUGCAACUGCGUCACCAGUCCUGUCUACAGCUUUCCUCUCCACCCAGCAACCAAGCAAAAACCAGCAGAAAUUCAAGGGACGCAAUCGCUGGGGAAACUCCAACAGGACUAGCAUUUUCAGCACGACUCUUGGCAAACCUACACGUGGAACUGAUGAUUUUCCAUUUAGGAACACACCAGUACGUGUAGAGUCCUACCCUCAAAAAACUUCCAGUCCGCUCCUGGUUAUCUUACCACUGCUCGCCCUGCUGCUGCUUGUAAUCAUCUUCGUCGUCCUGGUUGUCUUUCUUCGACACCACAGGCAAAGAAAGCAGAGCCCCGCUGCACCAAAGGAGCCACCUUCCACUGGUUUUCCAAGCAGUCAGUCCUACCAGGGUCAAACCCAGAGGAGCACAACAGUUCCCACAGUGACUGUCACGCCAUUAAACCCUAUCAACCCCAGCUGCCCAGGAAGCCCUGUUUUUGAUCGGCUCGUGACACCAAAUCAGGGAUCAGCUUAUAACACAAUUGAUUCAAACAUGCUUAUAAGUUCUUGGAGUAAUGGUUCCCCUGCGUCAUCUUCCCACAUUAUUAGAACCGCAACUCCAACUCUGCAGAACAAUCAGUACUGGGUAUGAUCUUGCACAAACCAGUGUUUAGCUCUGUGCUGGAGAACACUGUUACAAGAUUUGAUUGCUGAUUAAAAUGCGGUUGUGUACUGAGGCUGCAACGAAUUAGCCUAAAGCUGCAUUAAUCAAUAUUUUUGUAAUACUGAAUCAAAUUACAGUGCCGUGUAUUAGGUGUCAGUCAUAGUGACAAACUCUGCAGCUUUAUGAAGCCUUCUAAAUUUGUUUAGCUCAUGAUCUUGUUUUUUACUGAACAAUACUCUUUAAAGUUAAACAUUUCAUAAGCUAAAGUACAAGAAUUGUUUGUCAAGAGUUGGUAAAGAGUAAACUAGAACUAAAACAUCAACAUGUGGCCAGAAACACCACUCCAAUGAGACAAUACCAUUGCUCCGUGUCUGCUAGAUGAGUAAUUAUAGGCAGUUGUUUGCUAGCAACUUUAGCAACAACAACUUUAUAAAGACCAAAAUACACCGAGGCUGUAUUAUCUUAUUAUUGAAUUCCUAUGCCCCCUAGUGGCUAAAAAUAGAUUUAUGCAGCUUUAAAGGUGGAUAAAGCAGAAAACCUCUUUGGCCAAAGUCCUUUGCUGUAUAUUAAUCAAUAUUUUUAUAUUAAUACGUAAUCAAAUCACAGUGCCGUGUGGAAGGUUUCACUCAUAGUCACAAACUCAGACUUAUCACGCAACUCCUCAGCUUUAUGAAGCUUUUUAGCUUCUAUUUGCUCGUUUUCUAAUUAAAGUUAAUACAUUUUUGUCAAGAGUUGGUGGACACUAAACCAGUGGUAAAAGGUCACCAUAUGGCUAGAAACACAGCUCUGCUAGGAUGAUACCGUUGCUCUGUGUCUGUUGGAUGAGGAAUUAGGAAAUUGUGUGCUUGCGUUGAUAGCAAUAACGACUUUUUAAGGCUUUGUCAAGGGUGUGCUAGCUUGCUUUUGAGUCAAUCUGCCAUUUAGUGGACAAAAAUUGAUACAUGCAGCUUUAAGCUUAGACUAGGCAGAAAACAGCUGUGGGCAAGUCCCUGGCUGCACAUUAAUCAGCUGUACGACGGUUAUAGGUCUUCUCUGAGUUGCACAAUCCACUGAAACAUUGAUUUACAACCACUGCUGUAUAUUGAGUUGGUUCGAACAGACUUUGUCCACUUGAGCAUUUACAAAGCGAGCAUCAUUGUGGUCAAGUAUAACCUCCAGUAUGUUUGGUGCCUAACGUAUGUUUAAUCAUUGUUAUCUGGUCCUCAUGCACGUUGAAGUCUCUUUCAUUAUGGGUUUUGAUCAUCAGAGUGGAAGGCGAUGCUAAUAACAGGUUGAAACUGUGAAUUACUAAGACUGACUCUGGCACAAAGAUGCAUAGUCUGAGCAUUUCAAUUGAUUGUGCAGAUUUUAUAUUGUUGUUAUGUAUUAUAUAUUAUAGUAUAUUAACAUUUUGUAACUCAGGUAUUUCGUUAAAAGUCAUUUACUUCAUGUUACUUUGAAUAAGGGUUGCAUGUAUUGUCAAUAACAGAGGUUUUUCUUGAACAAUACAGGACUUAAUACUAUAAAAUAAGACAGUAGUCACAAAUACUUAUCGGCAUUGCUGUGUAUUGAAAUGGGACUUUGACCCAACUGGUUGACAGUUUGUUUGUUUUUAUCAUAGUCCUGAUCAAAUCACAAUGGUUCAGAUCUUAGCACUGGUUUUUUAUGUUUUUUUAUUUUUCUAUGUACAGUAUUGAAAUAUAUCAAAAGGAAACUUACGAUAAAUCAAGGCACUGAUAUUAAAAGAUUACACAGAUCUACACUGUAUUCUACCCGCCUUCACCUCAGUGAUUAAAAUUCAAAUAGUACGUUUAUUUUGCAGUCUUUAAAGAGGUCACCCUACAGUUAAAUAGAGCCGCGUGUCCACCUGCUGUUAAGGCCCUGACACACCAAGCAGACACUCAGCAAUUGGUUAGCGCCGGGCCGUUGGUGCCCUAGUUUUUACAGUGUGUCCUGCACCGUUUGCCUUUGUCGACCCUUGUUCGCCUUUUUCGGCUUCAGCAUGUUUAAUCAGAGUUGGGAAUGGCGGAGCACGUUGGUACCUAAAAUCACUUUGAGUUGCAGUGCAGCUCAACACAUGAGCAAGAAAACGAAAGUGAGUAAAGUAAAACGUGGGGUGUUCGAAAAGAUCAAAACAAAUUUGUUGUAUUCGGUAUGAUUAUUUUUUUGCAAUUGAGGUCUUCAGCAGAAAGGGAUCAUAAUUGUUAGUGUUAUGGUUCGCUGUAAAUACGCUUUGUUCUUUGGUUGUGUCGUUAAUGUGCUAACUAGUUAAGUAGUGUUUUUAAAUCCAGAGUGCAACUCUUUGGCAGAGACACGGGCAACGUGAGGCGAUGAAACAGGCAGCUUUUGUUGCCGCUACUUCUUUGAUUUCUGUUUGGUGUGUCUGGGCCUUUAAGGAGAAUGAGCAGCUAACCCUAAAACUGAGUUCAUCUUUAAAAACACUGAGAUUUUCUUUGACUGAAAUGAGUGCAGGCAUUUAUAUGAAUUAUUUAUCUGUUUCUUUACAUUAUCUACUGUAGGCCUUGGGUGGUUUGACACUGUAAUGAUGUAUCUACUGUAAAUGAACGGUACUGCUCUGACAUGUUCUGGCAACCUGUAGAACGUGAGAAAACCACUGUAAACUACUAUGGUACAAAAUAAUUUUGUACUGAAGAGAAGUGUCUAUCCAGUGUAUUCCAGUCUCAUCUGAAUGAUGUAACCUACUAUGUAA